AUGCCCUAUUUAUAUAAUAAAAAUGAUAAGAACUAUUUAAACAAAGUAAUGCGUGAAGAGGGCUUCAAGGUGUUAUUAAAUAUUUACAAAAACUAUGACAGAAACGGAACUAUUAAAAUAUUAAAGAAAAAAAUAGACAGCCUCAAAACCACAUAUUUCAGAGAAUUAAUAAAGGUCAAAGCAUCAAGACAAACUGGAGCAGGAACAGAUAAUAUAUAUGUACCAACUCUGUGGUACUUCGAUGCAUUAAAUUUUUUAGCUUCUCCAGCGGAGCCAUGUCGUCAACCUGUAGAUUCACAAGUAAGUACACUAUAA